UGUCCGAGCCAAAGCUGGUUUGAAACUGGGGGUCGGGCCCGGCAGUCGUUGUCUGUUGCCACCGCCCCGCUUCCGGGCUAGGCCGUCCCUGCCCGCCCCCGCCCCGCCUCCCUUCGGACCCCUGGGUCCCAGGCCCGGCUCCCUGCCCGUUUUGCGCCCGGCUCGCAACAGCCCGCUCCCGUCCCGGUCCUCACUGCGGCCCCUUCGCCUCCACCAUGUCACUGCACGGCAAACGGAAGGAGAUCUACAAGUAUGAAGCGCCCUGGACCGUCUACGCCAUGAACUGGAGCGUGCGGCCCGACAAGCGCUUUCGCCUGGCGCUGGGCAGCUUCGUGGAGGAGUACAACAACAAGGUUCAGCUCGUGGGUUUAGACGAAGAGAGUUCAGAGUUUAUCUGCCGGAACACCUUCGACCACCCGUACCCCACCACCAAGCUCAUGUGGAUCCCUGACACGAAAGGCGUGUAUCCAGACCUGCUGGCGACGAGCGGCGACUAUCUCCGCGUGUGGAGGGUUGGCGAAACAGAGACCAGGUUGGAAUGUUUGCUGAACAAUAACAAGAACUCGGAUUUCUGUGCUCCUCUGACUUCCUUUGACUGGAAUGAGGUGGAUCCUUAUCUUUUAGGCACCUCUAGCAUCGACACUACGUGUACCAUCUGGGGGCUGGAGACCGGGCAGGUGUUGGGGCGAGUGAAUCUCGUGUCUGGCCACGUGAAGACCCAGCUCAUCGCCCAUGACAAAGAGGUCUACGACAUUGCGUUUAGCCGGGCAGGGGGUGGCAGGGACAUGUUCGCCUCUGUGGGUGCUGAUGGCUCGGUGCGGAUGUUUGACCUCCGUCACCUAGAACACAGCACCAUCAUUUACGAAGACCCACAGCAUCACCCACUGCUGCGCCUCUGCUGGAACAAGCAGGACCCCAACUACUUGGCCACUAUGGCUAUGGAUGGAAUGGAGGUAGUGAUUCUGGACGUCCGAGUUCCCUGCACGCCUGUUGCCAGGUUAAACAACCACCGAGCAUGCGUCAAUGGCAUUGCGUGGGCCCCACACUCAUCCUGCCACAUCUGUACUGCAGCGGAUGACCAUCAGGCCCUCAUCUGGGACAUCCAGCAGAUGCCCCGGGCCAUCGAGGACCCGAUCCUGGCCUACACAGCCGAGGGGGAGAUCAACAACGUGCAGUGGGCAUCGACCCAGCCUGACUGGAUUGCCAUCUGCUACAACAACUGCCUGGAGAUACUCAGAGUGUAGUGUCAGUGGCGCCGUGCCCACACGGCAGGGGCUCGUGUGUCUCCCGCCUCUGCCCCACCCCCAGAGUAAGAAGACGCGCGUUUCCGGUGGCCAGUACGUCUGUCAUCGCUUUGCACCCGCUGUUAGCAGAAACUGCUCCAAAGUCCCCGGCCAGCCGCCCACCGCUCACUGUGCCGGACUCAGCGCCGCGUGGCGCCUCCUCAGCCCAGGGCUGAGUGUUUCGAUUUCUCUCUCCUUUCCUCAUCUCCUUUGGUUCUGCUAUUAAAAAUUUCUGUAUAUCUGUUUGUCAGCCGUCAUGUUAAUGAGCUCUGUGGGCAGCGGCUGUGUCUGUAUUCAUCUGUCGCAGAUGUCUCUGUCUGCCCAAGACAGCAGUCUGGGUCCUUGUCCAUGUGAGCACUUCCUGGGAACAAACACCAGUUUGAAACUGUCUUUCUUCAUGUUAUCCGUGUCUCUUAACAAAUUUCAACUUUGUAUAUUUUUUAAUCUAUCGGGCUAAUUUUUUAACGAAAAGAAUUUUACUCCCUGGCCUCUUCCUUGGUUUUAUCGCCCUCCCUGUUGACACCUUCCUCUCUUCCCUCCCUGCCUGGAUCUGGCCUCAGGCCCCUGACCCUCCGAGCAGUUUGCCUUCUUGAAUCACUGCCAGGGCGGAACAUAACUGACUGGGAGUCCCAAACCUCCUCGGUGCUCUGAAGUCGGCCACCUCACACCUUUCCUUGGCCUGGCUCUUGUCGAGGGCAUUCUGAGCUCCAGAACAGACAUGUGACCCCUGCUUUUACUCCCUCAAGUACAUACGCCUGUCCAGCCCCCCAGGACCUACUGAGCUAGCCAGGCUAAUGGGGGUGCCCGACUCCCAGGGGAUGGUGGCAGGAAGGCUGAGCUUAGAGCAUGUUUCCGGUCCACAGUUUAAGAGUCUUGUUUUUCUCUCCAAAUAUAAGCCCCCAACCAUUCUCUUUCAUGUCUUGAACGAUAGGCAGGUGUGAUGCAUCAGCUGAACUUCAGUAUCUCUGUUUAGUUCACUGUGACUGGCGGUACGUUGGCCACUCUUCCGCUAGAGAGGAGAGAAAGCCCUCCUUGGCAGGUGCCCAGUCUGAGUGUCCAUCCCAAACAAGAUCUCCUCUAGGCUGUGGGAGACAGUCAGCUCUUGCAGAGGAUGGAUUCAGGCUGGGGUCAUCCCAGGCCAUCAAUUAACCAGAGAGCAAGAGAAGCUUCAGAGACCCAGGGCCAGCCAGUUCAGAGCCCCACAAACCCAUCAGUCGCCCCGCCCCAAGUUUCAGUUCUGAGCAGUAUUGGACAUGGAGGCGGUGGGUGUCCUUUUCCGUUAGAUGAAUGAGUUCCAGGGAGGGGUCUUGUGUGUGACUCUGGUGGUAGGCGAGUCCUUGGGCGGGCAGAGUUUGGGACAUGCCCAGAGUCUGGGGGGAGUCUGGUUUGCCACGCUCUGCCAAGUGCCCGAAGGUUUCUGAGACCCUCUGAGUUGAGCAGCUGGGAGUAGAGAGUAGCAGGCCUUGGCGCCAAAGAUCUUGUCCACAGGGGCUCUCAUCUGCUCUUGAGAAACAAAGCAGCUAGCUUUGUGUUUCUGGGUCCUUAAAGUCUCUUGGUUGAGUCUCCCUUUUCAGAAGCAGAUGGAUUGGUAUCCCCAAAGUCAUAGCUCUUUGCUUUCAUACAUGGGGGCUUAUCCCAAAGAAAAAGCCUCUUUUUCCUUUUCAGUCAGGGUAUUUCCCCUUCUACCUUUAUUCUUGCUUCUGAUUUAGGGGCUCUCCAACUGGCUGUCCACUUGGCCAAUCCUGCGUUUACCGCCAGCUUUGCCGUGCGUCAUUUUUGGACAUGUGACACGAACCAGUUCUUGGUCAGAACCCUCCUUGGCUUGUUCUUGUGACUGAUGGUUCCAGGGUCCUUCCCUCAAGGAUAGCAAGGCUAAGUUGAAUGUUGCUGGCUCUGGGAGGCCAUCAGUUCCUUCCUGUGGAAAGGGUCUUGAAAUGGAGUCUAGUGGGAGAGGUCGUUCUGGGGACAGGGCUUAACUCAGUGAGCUCUGAGUUAAGAUCCCUUCCCUGAUCUGCACUUUUGUGGUCUGAGUGGUGAGGAGAUUUGUCACCUGGAACUUGAAAGCAACCUGGAGAGAAAAGUUAGUUACUAGGAAUGAGGAUAUUUUGGACAAUGUUGCUAUUUACCUUGGAAACCAACAACUUUUGAUUUUUUUUUUUUUUUCCUUUGCCCUGUGGACUCCCAGCCCUGUCACCCACCUUAGGCCCUGAGGUGUGGUCCUCUUCCUCCCAACAUCCCACCUGGGCCCAGGUGAGACUCCGCAGCUCACCUGGGGGGAGAGAGAUGCACACACGUGGGCAUGCAUGCACGCACACACACACGCAGUAGCUGGGAUGCUAGAAUUUUGAAGGCUCCCUCUCCCUCCCUUCAUGCCCUGAACCAGAUGGCCUCAGGGCUGAGGAGGGGAUUUCUGUAGUCUCAGGAUUUAGAAAGCCUCUUAGUCAGCCACGCUCCUGGAAGCAGAGAUCUGCUGUAGUUUCAAAAGCAAGUGUUGGUUUAAUUUGUUUAGGUUCUCAGAUUGCCAGCUGGAGAGAAGAGGUGGGAGGCGCUGCCUCUGUCCUUGAAGGUGAGAAGCGCCCUGGGAAGGCUGUGCUGGCGCCUCUUGGCUCUGGCUCUCCCGGCUGUCGCCCUUUGACGUGGCCUUGGACCCCUGAGCCACAGCCACCUUUGUUUUCCUUGUCCUCCCUGCGGGGAGGCAGGUGCUGAAUGUGUAAGGCUUCAGGCUCCCCGUCAGAGAGCUGGCAAAAGUCCUUUGGAAGCAUGAGUGUUUAUACCCAGGAGAGUCGGAAGUGUUUCUUUCCAGGAAGGAACUAGGCGCACGAUGAGGACUUGAAGAGAGAAGAUGUUUGAUGAUCAGGGGAGAAUCUCUUAUCAAAACCAGGAUCGACUCUCAGAGUACUGGUUGAGAUUUGAGAAGAAACAGAAAAAAAAACUGAGACUCCCAACAAGUUUUUGAUGACAGGUGUGGCUGAAAUUUUAGGAGGAGAUUGAGGAUGGGGGAGGAAAUCAGUGAUGAUGAAGAAGAAAAUAUUCGAGGGCGGUACAGGUCUGAGGUGAGGAAGCAGGCAGGCUGUCAUGUGGCCGCGGGGUGAGACUGUUCUCGGGCUGUGUCAACCUUCCAGGACCAUUCAGCAGUGUCUGUGAUGCUGGGGACAGGGUGAUAGAGGGACCCCUUCCUGUUGCAUUUCAACCCUGCUGUUGUUUGGUGGCAGAAAUCUGCAGGAGUUGAGAGCCCUUCAGUCCUUCCAGACCAUGCCUCUUCUUGGUCGUAGGUUUGUAGACAGCAGAAGCAGAAGUUGCAAGGUCAUACUGACUCCCCACCCCGCUGUUCUCUUUCUCUUCCUCUUACCUCCCCACCCCUUGCCCCUGUAGAGCUCUCUUCCUGCUGCAGCCUGGGCCUUGAAUUCCCAGCCUGCGACAUAUGUAGGAGCUGCACAGUCUGCCAGCUAUGGGAGGCCCGCCUAGUAUCUUCCCUCCACUGUUGCCAGCUCCUUUGACUGCCCGGCUUAGGGGAAGGGAGACCAUUAAAGCAGAAGCCCCAGAGCGGACUCUGCCCUUUCCUGUCUGCGCUCCGGGAUAAGCAAGGAAGGUUAUGCUAGUCACUUCAGUUGGGUUUUCCCUGGGAGGAGAGCUGAGCCGAGCAGUCAACUGUGACCCCUGGGCCAGGCUUUCCAAGAAGGGUUGUCCCUGCACUGGCUGGGCCAGCUACUCAGUGUUGCAUAGCCCUGCCCUCUUUUCCCACCAUGUCAUUGCUGCUAAUGGUCAAGGUCAAAUAUAUGGCCACAUGGAAUGGGCCAGGUCCUCUCAGGCUCAUUUGUGGAUGUGAUUUUUUUUUUUAAAGAAUGGAAACAUGCAGGUGCCUUCCCGAGAGGCUUGGACUGGUGUCUCCAACCAGAAACAGAUAAGCUAAUCAGAGUAUGAACUCAAGAGGAGGGAUGUCAGCAGUCUGUGUAACAGCUGGAAAACGUCCACGUACUGGCCUUUAGGACAACCCAGGGGAUCAGAACUCGGGAUCCCUGCUCUCUAAAAGAACGUUCUCACCUUGGGUUGAUAAUGCAGUGUGUUAUGAAACUUUUGGAGCUAAAGCUUGGACUUGCUGGAGUCGAAGAUGGAUCAUUUGAUGUGGUUCCUGUGUAUGUGAUGACCCCUGUCAGUGACCUUCCAGCCUUCCUCCCCGAGCGUGAAUUUGUAGCAUGGUUGUACAAAUCUCUCUGUAGAAAAUGGAGGUUUCUUGUUCUUUGAAGUGUUAAGCUCUAGCCAAUCAGUUUCUGUCCCCUUUAGCCUAGUGUGUCUGAACUUAAUUUCUCGCUAUGUAUUUAAACUUUUCCUCUGUAUCAUAGGUUUUGUGGCAUCCCACGGUCAGGUGGAGAGGAAGCUGCCCCUUACAGAACUGUACUGUAACCAUUUUUUAAAGAAACAUUAUUUUCACAGGACUGAUUAUACACAGGGCUUGUAAAAAAAUUUUUAACACUGUGCUGUGAAACCACGCUGGUAAAUCUCCAUUGAAGGCUACUUCAAAGGCACCUGAAAGUGGAGUGUUAUAUCUAUGACUUUAUUUCUUGCUUCCUAAGUAUAUUAAACCUAAUUUUCACCCUUUCAUUCUG